AUGUCUCGAGCGGAGGAGAUUCUGCGAACCGGAUACGCCAGGCUUUUUGCCGCUGAGACGGUCUUCCUGACUGGGGCGACUGGGUCUCUGGGGGGAUGUCUCUUGUACAAGCUGGCCCUGCAACUGCCCACACGCAAGGUAUUUAUUUUGGUUCGCGGUUCGGACAAAGAGGCGAUUGAAAAGUGGAGGAGGAACAUGCCGGAGCAGAGCGAGGCGAUUGCCGGGUCCAAAAAGGUCCACUUUGUGCUUGGAGAUAUUCUGAAAGCAGAGUUUGGCAUCGACCCAUCGACCUUGGAGCGCCUGCGUGAUGAAGUGACGCUUGUGAUCCACGCUGCGGCAAAUAUCUCCUUUGCGGCCAACAUCAGCCAUGCAGUCAAGAACAACUGUCUUCCGUGCCUUGAGCUUGCCCAGAUGGUCUCCCAGUUCCGGCGACUGAGACUGCUCAUUCAGAUCUCGACGGCGUAUGUGAGCAGCUUCCUCCCGGACGGCUUCGUGCACGAACGGCUGUAUCAUCUCACGGACGACGGAGAUGCCGAAGAAGAGCUCGCCAACAUCCUCUCAACAGGGAAUUCACCCCAGACUGCGCGCUUCUCAUCCUCCUACGCCCACGCUAAGCAGAUCAUGGAGCGACUUCUGAUUCAAAGAUACCCACUCCUGCCGGUUCUUAUUGUGCGACCGACCAUCUUUGCACCAUCGCUCCGCGAUCCGUUCCCGCUGUACGGACCCGAGGACUCGACGCCGAUGAACAAAUUUGCGCGGUUUUUCUUCUCCGACCGCGGCGGGACGCAGGUCUGGCAUGCCACCGAGGGACACCGGACGGGAGCCAACGUCCUGGACGAGAUUCCCGUCGACCUAGUCGCCAACGCGAUUCUGCUGCACGGCGCGGCGCGCACCAAGGGGAUCAUCCACCUGGGCGCGGAGCUGUACAUGCGCCGCACGUUCGACGAGUUCCUUGCGGAGACACGCAAUCAUGCCCCGCCGGCAGUGCAGAGACACCUGCCUACCGUCGUCUUCACGGAGGACCGGAGCACCCCACAGUGUUUCCUGGCGGAGCUGGUCAGGGCAGGGACCCGAGACUGGCGCUUCGACUGUGGCAAGUCAUAUUGGGUCAAGCAGGUUGCAGGACCGUUGAGUCUGGAAGUGUGUCGGCAGGAAGUGGAACAGAUCACAGCCAAGCGAUUGCAGGAAAUCUACCGCAGCAAUGCCUUGGACUCGAAGCUGUAA